AUGGCGGCUCCUCGUGUACUGCGCUUUGAUGCUGAGGGUAGAGCCUUAGCGUUCCCCUCCUGGCUCAUCCGUGCCGAGCGGUUUCUCAAGAGCCAGCGCCAGGACAACGAUACGCUCUGGGCGCACGCUUCCGGUGACCUUCCUGAGCCUCCGUCCCCUCCUGACCUGGGUGCUGAGCAUGACGAGGCGGGCCAGGCGCGCUUCGAUAAAGCCCAUACCGCUCAUUCAGUGUGGCAGUCGCGUGAUGCUACGGCAUGCAUUGCCCUCUCCAGCCUUCUCCCCGAGACUGAGGAGGCUCACUUCUCUCAUCUUGCCCUGCUCCCCCCGCCCAUGGCAAUCACUAUUCACUUUAUCGCCACUAGCCUCCCUGCCCGCCUUGCACCUGUCUGUGACGAGCUUCUUCAGAAGCACCCUAGUGAGCUUACCAUCGAUGUCCUUCAGACCGCUCUCAAGGACAUAGAGAGAAAUAUCCGCUCCUUUGCCUCCGCAUCUGGCGCCGUAGUUCCCCCGCUGUUUCAGGGGUGCACUGUCCCACAACUUCCCACCUUCACUACUUCUCUUGCCUCUAUUGCGUUUCCUUCUCUUUUGGAGACUGCGACCGUGUCCACCAUGGGUGGGCGGUCCAGGGGUAAGGGAGGUAAGAGAGGGGGGAAGGUGGCGCUGGUGGUGGCGGCGUAG